CACGAGUUUUGCUGAAAGUCAAAACAACCGUUGGCUGCGGUAACGGUCGCUGUCGUAGCUUCUCGGAAAUCCGUUUGAUGUAACGUUAGCUUAUUUCUGCCCGGGCUCGUUACGUUGACAGCGACCGUUGACAGCGACCGUUGACUGGCGGUUUUAGCUUAGCUUGCAGUCCGGUUUAGCUUUACGUCACUCACUCACUCAGAAGGGAGGAAAAGAAACAACCCGAGCGGUUUAUGAACAGCAGGUGCACGGGAAUACCACAGCACCUGCGGCGACAGGCUGAGUCACUGCUGGUGAGGAGGAAGGUCUGGAGAGGGAACGAGAGAGGAGGAGGAGGAGGUGGAGGAGGAGGGGGAGAAGAAGAAGAAGAAGGGAGGGCGGCAGGGAGAUAAGCCACAACAGGAAGCAAAACGACACACGCGUACACAUACACACCGCGUGUUUGUGUGUGUGUGUCUGAGAGGGAGACUGCGCGAACGAGAGGGUGAACGGGAAAGGAAGGGAGGGAGAGUGACGCGGAGGCUGGGAGAGCCGGCCCCCCCCUCCUCUCCUCCUCUCCCUCUCUUUCUCUCCUCUCCUCCUCUCCUCCCCUCCUCCCUCUCUCUCUCUCUGUGGAGCAGGCGUGUAGCGGCAUCAGACUCGGCGUGAAGGAACCAUGAGCGAUGUCACCAUCGUUAGAGAGGGAUGGCUCCAGAAACGGGGUGAAUACAUAAAGAACUGGCGGCCGCGUUACUUUCUGCUGAAGACAGACGGCUCUUUCAUCGGCUACAAAGAGAAACCUCAGGAUGCGGACCUGCCCUACCCCCUAAAUAACUUCUCUGUAGCAAAAUGUCAGCUGAUGAAGACGGAGAGACCGAAGCCAAACACCUUCAUCAUACGCUGCCUCCAGUGGACCACCGUCAUAGAGAGGACCUUCCAUGUGGACUCGCCCGAUGAGAGAGAUGAGUGGACAGAGGCCAUCCAGAUGGUGGCUGACAAGCUGCAGAGACAAGAGGAGGAAAGGAUCCAGUGCAGCCCCACAUCCAACAUUGACAACAUGGUUGAAGAAGAGAUGGACAUUUCCACCACACACCACAAACGCAAGACAAUGAGUGACUUUGACUACCUGAAGCUCCUGGGAAAGGGAACCUUUGGUAAAGUGAUUCUUGUCCGAGAAAAGGCCAGCGGGAAAUACUACGCCAUGAAAAUCCUUAAAAAAGAAGUCAUCAUAGCCAAGGAUGAAGUGGCUCACACACUCACAGAGAGCCGAGUUCUGAAAAACACCAGGCACCCCUUUCUCACUUCUUUGAAGUAUUCAUUCCAAACUAAAGACCGCCUCUGUUUCGUCAUGGAGUAUGUGAAUGGAGGAGAGCUGUUUUUCCAUUUGUCCAGAGAGCGAGUGUUCUCAGAGGAGCGCACGCGCUUCUACGGUGCCGAGAUCGUCUCAGCUCUCGACUACCUGCAUUCAGCCAAGAUUGUGUACCGGGACCUCAAGUUGGAAAACCUGAUGCUGGAUAAAGAUGGGCAUAUGAAGAUCACUGAUUUUGGCCUCUGCAAGGAGGGCAUCACAGACGCUGCUACCAUGAAAACCUUCUGUGGCACGCCAGAAUACCUUGCACCUGAGGUCCUGGAGGACAACGACUACGGUCGGGCGGUGGACUGGUGGGGUUUGGGGGUCGUGACGUACGAGAUGAUGUGCGGCCGACUGCCAUUCUACAACCAGGACCACGAGAAGCUGUUUGAGCUCAUCCUCAUGGAGGACAUCAAGUUCCCACGCACUCUUUCAUCCGACGCUAAGUCCCUGCUGUCUGGCCUGCUCAUCAAAGACCCCAACAAACGGCUCGGUGGAGGACCAGAUGACGCUAAAGAAAUAAUGAGACACAGUUUCUUCUCUGGCAUUGACUGGCAGGAUGUGUAUGAUAAAAAGCUGGUCCCUCCAUUCAAGCCUCAGGUGACGUCAGAGACAGACACCAGAUACUUUGACGAGGAGUUCACGGCCCAGACCAUCACAAUCACUCCACCAGAGAAAUUUGACGAGGACGGGAUGGACUGUCUGGACAACGAGAGAAGGCCGCACUUCCCACAGUUCUCCUACUCUGCCAGUGGGCGAGAAUGAACUGUCCAUCACAGUGACAUCAUCACAGCUGGUCUCUGAGGUCAUGAAUGUGGGACAAAAAGACCCACAGCUUUGGACCGACCCAGAAGGACCCUGACUUGAAGGAUUUUGCCCUUCUCCUCCUCUCCUCUUCCUCUCUCUUUCACCUCUCCAGUCUGCUCCACUGUUUUUAUUUUUAUUUUUGGUGAAUCCCUUUUUAGAGAGAACUUCCAGGCAAAAUUAUUUUCUAAUCCUGCACUGCAACCCUAGGUGAUCCGAACUGUGAUGUGAUCAGUUACUAUGUAAUGUCCCUUUAAAGACAGGAGCAUCACCGGUGGCCUGCUGUGCUUUGACAUGUGUCGGUCCUGCCAAACUCAAAAAACAAACAAACACUUCAGAUCAAGUUAGACAACAGCUGAUUCAUUUUUAACGAGACGUUUUUGUGGCUUCUUAUCUGUAAGACCGAGUUACAGAAUUUUAAGUCUUUCAAACCCAAACUGCCGUUACCGGUUUGUAUCUCAGGCUUUUACAAACAGACAGAUAGUCAGACUCGGAGAGACACUCGGGUCUGAUUUAAUAUCCUCGCAUUAAUAAUUCUGGGAUUGAUUGAGGCUGCCUGGCAUUGAGCAGAAUCCUACACACCUCAUGUUGUCAAGCAGGAUUUGACUCAGGUUUUGCUCAGUGCAAUUCAUUAUUGUUGUUGCUGCUAUUUCAACUACUAUCACAACUACUACAGGUACUCCUACUCCUACUAUACUACUACUGCUACUACUAAAACCCGGUGCUACACUACUAGCUUAAUGCUGCAUCAUUAUACAGGCGCCAGCAACACAUCAACCACCUGUAUUAACGUCUAUGCUUGUACAGCUGCAGAACAGGUGUUGCUACUCCUAAAGUUCUGCUACUCCACAUCAACUCUGUAGAUUAAGAUGAUGACAGGAUGUCAUGUAUGUGUGAGUGUGUGUGAAGUACUGUUAUGGAUUUGUGUUUAAGAACGCACCUCAAAGCACAGCAGUUCAGAAGGAUGAAGCUCCCAAACCAUGAGCUUUACUACGUUACCCACAAUGCAGUGCAAGGUGGUUGAUAAAUCCAUCGCUGCAGAGGUGAAAAUGAGAGGAAAAUGGUUGGUUUGAAUGUUAACCCCCAAACUUUUUUUAUUUUAUUUUUUUUUUAUUUUCCAACUACAAGUCCCCCUUGAGUUUAAAUGUCUUCUGUCCCAAAAGGGAAAAACGAAGCGAAUCGGUACUCUGUGUCGAUGAUGGAAAGCUUUACUGUGACAUAUUGUUGUCAUGGCUUUGGGAACCGCACGGCUGUACCUCUCUGUCUUUGUGCAGGAAAGGGAAACUGCAGCAGUAGCAGAUUCACCACAGAGUGAAAAGAGAAGUCCAGGAUGGCAGGUUGGGCAUUGUGACGAGAAGAGAGAGAGAGAAAGAAAGAGAGAGAGUGCAGGUGAAAAAGCUGAGAAGAAUGAUGCGAUAUGAAAUAUUUAUAAUGUGAUAAUUUAUGACGUAUUGAUGAGUGAGGUAACAGCUGAUUUCCUGUUUCCUGUGAGAUUCUUAAGAAGGAUUUUUAAAGAAAGACAUUAUGGUCUGUGAGGAGGUACGCAUCAACAGUUAUGGGUUUACACCAAUCACAGCAAUGGCUAUAAUAUAUAUAUAUGUUCUAUUUAUUGUUCUACUCAUCGGUUUUAUAUUUAACUUUUUCUAUUGUUAUUACAUUAUUCUAGAAAAAAUAUUUCUUAGGGCUGAGAGGAGAAAAAAAAGGCACCUCAAGAAACAAAAAUGGCUGAAGAAUGUAGGAGGGAAAGCAAAUAGCCUUCCUGCUCCAUUGUUUAUUUUAAUGAUGUUUUUUGUGUUGUUUUGUGACCAAAAUGUGACAGCCGAGAGGUGACACGACACGUUAAAGACAGACGAUAGUUUACUGUGAGCUUCAAGAAGAGGGGCGAUGAUAGAAACCCACCUUUUCUUCCUCAGCGUUAUCCACAUCAUCCCACAGGUGUUUACUGCAACGGCUCAUCUCACCGUUGUUAUUGACACAAAUGUCCCCCGCAUUGAAUCUCACUACAUGUGUGUGCUGCUGAAGGCUGAGACAGAGUUCAGGGAGAAAGACCAAGUGGAAGUUGAGCAGAAAGAAAACAAGUACAGAAGUCAGAAUGUAACGCGGUAAGGCUGGAAAAGACUCAGUGCCGAGCUGUAAGUGCUGCUGUUUACUGUAAGUGUGUCGAGACGGAGUCGAGGAGAAAGUCGAAAGAGAGGAUUAAUAAUGUGAGGUUUUUUUUUAGGUCAGUCAGUGUUUUCCUGUCAGUUUUAUGGAUUUUAGAUGAGAAAGAGCUUUCUUGCCCGCUAACAUUACCUCUAUUAUAAGAGUGGGGAUGAUCAGACUCGGGCCCCGACCACUAAACCAUUCCCUCACGCUCCUUGUCUUUAACGUGUGCUGUCAUCUCUCCGGUCUGGACUUUGUUUGUUUGCGUCGUCAUGUCUUCCAGUCUGACCAACAAGAUUUAAAAUCCCCUCUAUUUCUCUGUCUUCAAACGCCAGUAAGCCUUAUGGUUUAGCUCAGAAUGAGUCAAAAACUUCGACGUCCAGCAUUUCAGAGUCAAAAAAAAUAAUCAACAGACGUGAGGAAAUAUAUUUUUAAACAUUUGAAAUCUCAACUACAUCUAAAAAAAAAAAACUAAAAAAAAAAAAGAAAACGUGGAAGACUUCCCCUUCAAUAUCUGAAUGACAUGGAUUAAAGAGAGCACCAGGGGAUGUGCUCUUAUUAGGCAUAGGGAAUUGUAUUCCAAUAUAUUUAUUUGAAUGUUUUUAUUAUUAUCAUUGAUGGAUAACUUGAAUUUCUUUUCUAUUUAAUUUAUUUGAUGUCAUUUUGUUUUGGAGUUUAGCAGUAAGGGGGUGUAGUCGUGUUUCACUCUGCAGUUUAAGUCUUCAGACUUUGUUCUAAAAAUAAAUGCCUCCUUUUUUUUUCUUUUCUUUACAGAUAUCUCUUAUACGACACAUUACCUGUUUUUCCGCUGCUCUUAAGUCCAUAUGCUUUACUCUUGCACAUCCAUUAAAUUGCUAUUAGCUAGCAAAGGCGCUUUAUGGCAGAAAGUAUAAAAGGAUGGCGCUGGCCUGCAUGCUGUAGUCCUCCUCUGUCCGCACUACCAGUCCCGAGUCAAAGUGGCACUCUGAACUCUUAUGAAAAAUACUUCUCUGUGAUCGAUUGAGCCUGUCUGGCACAGCUGAAGCAGGCGAAUCCCACCCAGCUGGCACCCUCGACAGGCUCAAGCAAACGCUCCCAAGUAUUUGGAAGGAUUUCAGCUUUGAUUUGACCCAGGUCUGCGAGUGACUGAGGAGUUCUAGCUGUAUGUGCACGCUUACCGCCAAAAUCAUUAGAAACCAGAGUUCAUAAAAUACCGCUUUGUAGCUUUGGCCACAGCACUUUCACAUCCAUCACUUUUUAUAUGAUUCAGAGGAAUCUGAUUCAGCCCUGCUUUAAAGGAAGAGUUUUAGCUUUUUUUUUUUUUCUUUCUCUAAUGUUUUUAAGAAACUGAGGAUUUUAAAAGCACAUCUCCCCUCCACAUAGACCGAUAGCUCUGAUGUUGCUCUCUAGAGUUGGCAAGACCCAGGUGAUUGUGUCCCACAUGCCAGAGACGAGUCAGUGCUGCCACUGCAGAGCGGGCUUUGGAGCUCAGUGGAUGUUUUCAGUGAAUUGGUCAGUCUUCAGAAACUAAAAUGUUUGUAAAAACCCACUGAGCAAUCGUUGCGACUCCACUGACUCCUCCUCCUCCUCUCAUUUUGAAAAGUUUUCACCCCAGUGAGCCUCCGACUCUCCUUGUUCAACAACUUGUUCUACAGAUUCAAGUUCACUUACUGGCAGCAACAAUGCCACAAGCUGAUUCUAAAAGGUCAGAGAUCAUAAAAAAAAGAGAGAGCAGGUGGAGCUAAGUAAUCCUCUUCAUCAAUGUGGGUUUUCCCUUAAAGACUUUGAAUCAGUCGAGGGGACAUGUCCUUAACUUUUGUCUCAGUAGUUUCACCAAACAGAGGUUCUUAAACGGGAUGCUGAAGCUCAGUUUAAGCCUCCUCACAGCUUUACCGGUGCCCUAGACUGGUGUGAAUCGACAGUAUGUGAGAUAUCUGACGCUGCACUGACAGCGUUCAGUCUUUAAGCUGCUGCUGUUUGUACUGUACAUCUAUCACACAUCAGAUCUGACUCCAAUAGUAUUUGAAUAUGUAAAAUCCUUUCAAAGACCUCAGCUGCUCUGUAUUGAUCUCGCCCGUUGUGAAUGAACGGACGGCGUCAGCCAGAAAUCACAUGCCGCCCUCAGCCCGGCGUUUAAUGCAGAUAAUAAGUAAACGGCUCCAGUGUUUGGAAGGAUUUCUGAAAGUAUUUGACCUCAUGUCUGCGAUAGCAUUCCUCCCCCUCCCCUCUCUGGUACUAGUCUAUCAUCAUGAUUAUUAACAUGAACAAGCAUGAGAUGCAUUUAUUUAUAAACAGCAAACAAAAAAUGGCAAACAUGUACAAAUAUUACAAAGUGUAACUGAGUUUUAAUUUCACGUCCAUGUUCAUCUACUGUAGCUUUACAGUUGUGUGAGACAUUUCUGGACAGCUGCCAGCUGUUCACAGAGUGGGCCACGUUUCCCUGAAGCACUGUAGCACUGAAGUCAGCUCUGCUCUACGACAUGUCAGUGGAGCAGAGAGGAUGUUGACUCUGAGACAGUGUCGGGAAACUCAGCAGAUCGAUCAAACAGCCUUUUUCUGUCCCUCAUGCUGUUAGGAUACAGUCCUGCUGGCCAGUGAGGCCGCGAGGAUGUAAAAACAACAAAUUACCAUCAACAUGAAGCUGUUUUUUACACUGUACAUCCUUAGUAUUUUUACACAUAAAAUGUAUAUGAUAGGGAUGCACAUUAUUUUCCUUCUUACAGACAGCUUCAAUAAAGCACUAUGUCAAUCUGC